ACGUCAGUCUCAGCUCCGACGCCGGCGUCCCCUGUCCACGGUUUCUGCGUUUCCGGGCUGCGCAUGCGCGCCCCUCACCCCGCCCUCCGCCUCCCGUUCGUGGGUUGGUGGGUUUGGGUCACGUGGAUGCGCCUCGCGGCUGGGGGCCCGCCCGCGGGCUGGUUUCCGGUUCGGUGGGUUGGAGAUGACGGAGCCGGGCGCCUCUCCGGACGACCCCUGGGUCAAGGUGGAAUAUGCCUACAGCGACAACAGCCUGGACCCCGGGCUUUUUGUAGAAAGUACCCGAAAGGGGAGUGUAGUGUCCAGAGCUAAUAGCAUCGGUUCCACCAGUGCCUCUUCCGUCCCCAAUACAGAUGACGAGGACAGCGAUUACCACCACGAGUCCUACAAGGAGUCCUACAAGGACCGGCGGCGGCGAGCACAUACGCAGGCUGAGCAGAAGAGGAGGGAUGCCAUCAAGAGAGGCUAUGAUGACCUUCAGACCAUCGUCCCCACCUGCCAGCAGCAGGACUUCUCCAUUGGCUCCCAAAAGCUCAGCAAAGCCAUCGUUCUACAGAAGACCAUUGACUACAUCCAGUUUUUGCACAAGGAGAAGAAAAAGCAGGAGGAGGAGGUGUCCAUGCUACGCAAGGACGUCACGGCCCUAAAGAUCAUGAAAGUGAACUACGAGCAGAUCGUGAAGGCACACCAGGACAACCCCCAUGAGGGGGAGGACCAGGUCUCUGACCAGGUCAAGUUCAAUGUGUUUCAAGGCAUCAUGGACUCCCUGUUCCAGUCCUUCAACGCCUCCAUCUCCGUGGCCAGCUUCCAGGAGCUGUCAGCCUGUGUCUUCAGCUGGAUCGAGGAGCACUACGCUGCGGGAGAUCGUGGUUGGCGUCCUGCACCAGCUGAAGAACCAGCUGUACUGACCGGUCCUGGAACCGAACCUGCCGAAGAGCCAACGACAGGCCGGAGCCUCCUACUCGGCCACAGAGCCACUGGGCUCCUGAGAUUGGACUGCGCCGCUGCGCACAGGUCUGCUGGCUCCCGGUGUUUGGUUCCUCGGUGCCCCCGCGUCCUCAGUGGGGCUGGGGUGUUUGUUUUGUGAAAGCUUUUAUUUAUUAUAUUGACCACAAACCUCGAGCCUACUGUCUUUCCCCCUCCCCAUGAAAGUCCUCUUGCGGGGGGUCUGCUCUGGGCACCCCCAAAGGCUCCCAGCCUCUCCCCUUCUAAGCCUCAAAUUUUUGCUCCUGAUUGAUUGACACACACCUGGAAGCUACUAUUUGCGUUUGGUUUGGUCCCUUGGGCGACAUCUGGCCCAAGUUUGGCCAUUUUGGCAGUAGUUGGACAGGAAGAAAGGAACGCAGAAAUAGUCCCACAGCCAUGAAGUGUGACAGGCUGCCCGGUACCUGGGCCAGGGCUGCCAGGAUCCUGCCCUCGCCUGCUACUCCAUCGCCUCUCCUUCCCCGCUCCAGGUGCUAGAGGGAAGCGGCCUCCCUGUGUGCUCCUGCCCCCUCUGUCCCCACAGCCAGGAGCGCAGCACAGAGAAGUCAAAUGUGACACAGCACUACGUAUUAAAAGGUUUUUUUAAAUUUUCUAAACACCAACAGUGCAAUUUUGCUGAAGUUACAAUUCUGGAAAAUGAACUGGGCCUCACAACCAUUCCCAGCCUUCCCGUCAGGUGUAUCUGGGUCUCUGCCAUCUCCGUGCUGCCUGCAUUUCUCCCAGGCCUUGGGACUGGGGUGAAGGGGUAGAGAAGGUAUUUAAAGGCCUCCUGGGGUGCAGAGCCCGAAGUCCUGGGUGAGGCCUCGGGCUCCUUGAAUGCUGUGUACAGUCGCCUCUCUCUACCCUGUAGCCUUUCUCAGGGUUGACAUCUGGGAGGAUUGGUUAUCCAGAGCAAAUUAAGUAUUUUUAUACCAAAUUAUAUUACAAUAAACACUGCCAAGUGCUUUCCUCUGGCGUUGUUCCAAGGUGGAGCAUGCAGUUUGGGCACCUGCCAUGUGGCCCGUGAAAGCGUGACCAUCCGCUGUGGGCUCGCUCACUCCCUGCGCCUGCACUCUGGCUCCUGCCCCCUCCCAGCGGCUCUGCCCAAAGGCAGAAAGCAGCAGGAACAAAAGAAGUCAACGUGAAGGAGGCAGCCAGUGCAGGUGCCAUCUCUCUCUCCAUCCCCCGUCCUGCUGGAGGAGCCCUCAAGGGUCUGGGAGCUUCACGUUGUAAUCUUCAUCGGUCUCUAUCCCAACUUCCUC